UUCAAGCUGCCUCGGCUGAACAAUCUGGCGAUGGAUUCGUCGGCGAAGCAACACCGCCGUGGAAGCGCCGCCGUAGAUUUCCUCCACGCCGCCGUUACCUCAGUCUCACCAUUCGUUCCUCUUCCACGUCCUAAAAUGGCGCCGUCCCGAGUAUUCCUCCCUUUGAGGUUCUCAGUGUCCGACGAGGUCUCGCGGCCGGAAUCGACGGCCAAGAGCGCCUCCUCGUCUUCCUCCGGGAUUCCUUCGACGGUCAGGAUUUCAUCUCUCAGUCCCGACGGCAAGCGCGGUGGACCCGCCUUCGUGGGUCAGGUCUUCAGUAUGUGCGACCUUACUGGGACUGGUUUAAUGGCGGUUUCCACCCACUUCGACAUCCCCUUCAUCUCCAAAAGAACACCUGAGUGGCUAAAGAAAAUGUUUGCUACUAUCACCAAAAGCGAGAGGAACGGCCCUGUAUUCCGCUUCUUCCUCGAUCUCGGUGAUGCAGUUUCAUAUGUUAAAAAACUAAAUAUUCCUAGUGGAGUGGUUGGGGCUUGUCGGCUUGAUUUGGCAUAUGAGCAUUUCAAGGAGAAGCCUCACUUGUUUCAGUUUGUUCCCAAUGAACGACAGGUUAAGGCUGCAAAUAAACUUCUAAAGUCAAUUCCUCAAAAUGGGAGAACACAGAAGGUGGACGGUGUUCCUGUUUUUGGUGCUCAGAACUUGGAUAUUGCUGUUGCAACAGCUGAUGGGAUUAAGUGGUACACCCCAUACUUUUUCGAUAAAGCUGUUCUAGAUAACAUUCUUGAAGAGUCAGUUGAUCAACAUUUCCAUUCAUUGAUUCAAACCCGGCAUAUGCUACGGCGUCGUGAUGUGGUUGAUGAUAGCUUAACAGCUGAGGUUAUUGAAGAGAUGGGAGAUAGCAUGUUGGAGCCGCCAGAGGUUCAAGAAGUUUUGGAAGAAAUAGGCAAUCCGGGAAUUCCAUUGAGUGUUGUGUCAAAAGCAGUGGAGAUUCAGCUCCUUCAUGCCGUUGACAAUAUACUUCUGGGGAAUAGGUGGUUCCGGAAAGCUGCUGGCAUUCAGCCCAAGUUUCCUUAUUUGGUUGAUUCCUUUGAAAGAAGGAGUGCUUCUUCCCUUCGGAGAGCAUCAAACUCGCCUAGAUGCCUUGGUGAUGCAAUGGAGGCAGAUUCUUCGAUGCCACUGUUGAAGACGGAAGUUAAAGAUCCGACGGAAAACGUUGAGAGGCGACGGAAUCCUCUCUGGUUUCCAUUCGGAGACUGGCUUAGUCAACCCUGGUCAAAACAAGAUCAUAUUCAGACAGCAUCAUUGGAUUUAAGGAAGAGCGAAACUCGAGGGAGAGACCCGCAGCCGAGUCCAUUUCUGCCGAAGAUCACCAUGGUCGGGAUUUCAACGGGAGAAGCAGGACAGGUGAGCAAGGCUAGUUUAAAGAAGACGAUGGAAAACCUGACCCGAGACCUCGAGCAGACCGAGCAAGGGAACGACGAUCUGAAAAGCGACGAAACCGAAGAGAGGGAUCCUCUGUUUGUGGCAAACGUCGGGGAUUAUUACUCGGGUUUGGGCAAAGCUGGUUCGGGUCGGUGGACGCGUAGAGGUAGCAAUGAUCGGCAAACCCCUUCAUAGGUACGGUACGGAUUUUCGACGGUCGUCAAAAUUUUGUGAAAAAAAAAGAAUGAUCAUAGGAUCCGAACAAAAUGUUAUGAAAUCAAUUUAGUUAUUGGGUAUUGGAAUAAAAAAUAAAUCCGAACAAAUUGUUGUGAAAUUUGGUGUAUAAUCAAUUUUAAUCCCAUGGGACUUAGACAUGGUCAAGGUUGAUCUCGAAACUGUGUUUUUUCAGAGUUUCGAGUUUCAGAAUC